AUGACGCCUAGGCGGCCAUACUGCCAAAUUAUUGACGGUGUGCGACGAUGCCCUGGCCUGGAGCCGGAGCUCUUCAGGGAGAGCCUUAAGUUCCGUGCGAAGAAAGGAGACUUGAUUCAGUGCACGUAUCCCAAGGCGGGCACUCACUGGGUCAUGUACAUUAUCGAACUGAUCCUAAAAGAAGGCGAGCCCGUGCCGAACCACGCCGAAUUCAUACGCUACGUUCGCUUCAUCGGCCGAAUGGAGACCAAAGACUGGGAGUCGCCUCUGCCCAUCAGGCUAUUCACCACGCACGAGCCUCUCACCAAGGACACAAUGAACCCCGAAGCGAAGUACGUUUACAUGGCCCGCAACCCUUGGGACACCUGCGUUUCCUUCUACCACAUGGCAACGUCGCUCAGCAUGUUCAAAUUCCGCAAUGGCACCUUCGACGAAUUCUUCGACGCCUUCUUGCACGGCGACUUUGGCUACGGUGACUAUUUCGACCAUGUGGCUUCCGGUUACGCUCUAAGGAAAGAACCCAACUUGCUUUUCUUGACCUACGAGAUCUGA